UGUAAAUUAUGUACAAACUUUUUGCAUUUGGCAUAUCAGUGGGUGACGUGUUUAUUUAUUUAUUAUGACGUUUAAACAAAAAACUCAAACAGACCCACUCUCAGUUUAGGCAUAUAUAAGGAACACCGUUAAAAAAUUUCAUCCAUCAUUGUAUAAAAGUUUACCAUAACAAAGUAAUGCUCUUUUUGUGUUUACAAAGUUCAAAAAUAAGUGAACGUCCUGACGGAAAACACAUUCAACGUCAUCAUGGACUUGAGUUCCGAAGAAGAAGAAAUUAGAAAAUUAGAAGAAAAUUUAAAACAGAAAAAAGAACAUAGAAGACUAAGAAAACAAUUAGAAAAGAUGAAUACUUCGCAAUCUGAAGAGAACGUAUGUUCCUCAAAAAAGCCCGCAGAUCCAAUACAAACAGAAGAUACUCCAAACAAUCAAGUUUUCGCAAUUCGGAAUAAUCAGCAAAUUAAAGAAAGUACCAAAGAAAAUACACAUCAAACCAAGCGGAUUCGUAAAGAAACGGAUGGAAAAGUAAAUCAAGAUUUUUCGAAAGAGCAUACACGUUGAAAUUUGUCGCCAUGGACUCAAGUUCCGACGAAGAAAUCGAAAGAUUAAGAGAGGAAUUAGAACGUAAGAUGGAACAAAAAAGACGAAGAAAACUAGAAAAUUUGCUACACACACCACAACCCGAGGAGAAUACUUCUUUUGCGUUAAAGCGGACAGAUCUAAUAGCAAUAGAAGACACUCCAAACAAGCAAGCUGCUCUAUCUGAAGACAGUCUUCAAAUUAAGGGAAAAACCGAAGAAAAUAUAGUUCCAGGGAACCGGCCUGGACAAGCAACAGAUGGCGAAAGAAAUAAAACUUCGUCGCAUAAGGUUUUUGAAAAACGAGCAGGAACCACCGACAAGGGAAAAAAAUACGAAGAUUUGGUUACCGCUAAAGUCGCACUACAAUUGGUAAGCGACAGUGAAAUAAGAGAUUUCCACAUUUCUUCGAACGAUAAAAAUUUUGGUGAUUUUGAUGACGUGGUUAUUGAAAUUGAGACAAAUAGCGGAAUAAAAACAAAAGCACUGCAAUUAAAACACAGUAAUGAAAAAAGACAAUUAUAUAUAAAGCAGUUGGCAAGUAAAACGGGAAACUUCAGUUUAAUAAAAUAUUUCAAAUCUGCUCAAGAGGUUCAAGGCGAACUGGAAGAAUUUAUAUUAUUCACCACAAAUACAUUUAAAACUUCAGAAGAAACGAAAUUUAAGCUAGAAGGGGAAGAGUUUUACGUGAAGGCCAUUAAAAAAGCAAUUUCAGGAGACGAUUUGGACGUGUUAAGAAUUUCUGAAAAUAUAAAUUAUUAUCAUACAUUUCAAAUCGUAGAGGACGAAUGGACUAAACAAAAUCCUGAAAAAAUUCAGCAGUACCAAACAUUCUUCGAGCGCUUUCGUCUUUACACAAACCAAGAACGUUUUGAAGCUCUUACAAAAUCAACAAUGGAUGAAUUUAUUGAGAUGUUUUGCUCCAACGAAGAAACUUUCAAGAAGUACGUCGACGUCAUAUCAGAAUGGAGUAUGCGAGAUGGAAAAAAAGAAACGCUAAGCAAAAGAAUGAUGCAACGUGUCAUCGCACUUCGUUUGCUUUCUUCUCGGAUCGAACCGUUUGUUUUUGGUUCAGUCACAGACGAAAUGGAAAUACUUCGGGAGGCUAUUUGUCUGUUCGACAUUACGUUGUUGGAAAAAAAAGGCAGCAACGCAGUUAAAAAAUUGUGGGGCGACUUGAACAAAAACCUUGACCUUAAGGAACUAAACAAAGUUCGAUCACUUUAUUCUCUUUCUUCUAAUUACAUAAGUAGUGUCGAAAAUCUGGAUGCAAAUUUGUUGACACAGUUGCUUUGGCUGAUGGAGAAAUGUCCACUCAUUUUGAAAGAACACGUCAAUAUGGAGAAAGCUAUUAAGCUCUGUCCAGAUGUAAAAUUUAUUAUACUCGGCGAGGGAAAAUAUGACGAAUGGAUGACAGAACACUCUGUGUUUCAAAACUUGUCCAACUUAGAACAAGAAAUCGAAUUGUAUGAAACAGUAUUGCGAAAAUUCACCAUUUCUAUACAAGGCAAAGAACCACGUAAUUUGGUGACGGCUUUCGAAAAAAAUAAAGAAAUUUUCAAGCAUGUUACUGUGGAAAAACUUUUAGAGAUGACAAAUGGUCCAUGCUAUAUAGAUGGAAAAAAGGAAGAUUUUCCCAAUCUUUAUAUCGAUAGGUAUUUGUCAGUCAAUAUUAUAAACACUGAAUAUUUAGAACAUGUUGAUCGAAAUACUGUUAUUAUUUUAAAUUGUGAAAGUAAUUCUCAACAAUUGAAUAUAUCUAAAAAGCAUACUCUAACAGGCAUCGAGGGUUUUUUAAGUAAUAGAGACCCCAAAAUUUUUGAUAAUCCAAUUUUUAUAAGGAGUGAAAAAAAUUGCAGUGAUUCUGAGUUCCAAAUAAUAUGUUCUAAAACACCAGAAUCCACAACUGUGCACUAUUUUAAAUUUCUCAACGAUCAAAAUUUAGAAUGGAUUCGAAGCAAAGGCUCUGUUGAUGAAUUGCGAAAUUAUAAAUUGCCUAGUCGAUCUAAAAACGAAAACGAAAUUUGGUCUUUCGAAUUCAGCAACAACAUACAUCUAAUAACAGGUGACCCAGGAAUGGGCAAAACCGAGUUAACGAAGAGUCUAAAAAAUAACUGUUGUGCGAGAUAUUGGACCGUGAUUCUGAGUGCUCAAGAUGUUAUGUCUUUCUUUAAAAAUUCACUAAAGUCUGAAAAAUCAGCAGACUUACAAUUCGAGACAUUUAUUUUAAACGAAAAAUACCGAGACCUCACUGGGUUGGAUCGAGAAUUCUUUACAAUGUGUUUAAAGCAACGAAAUGUGGUUUAUGUAUGGGACGCUCUUGAUGAAAUAUUUACUCACUAUUUAAAUGGUACUUUAGACCUCAUUCUCAUGUUAUCACAAAAAGGUUGCAUUCAGUGGGUUACUGCAAGGCAACAUUUGAGAUCUUCUCUUGAAGAAAAAUUUCAUACGCUGUCAGUGAGUAUCAAUCAGUUCAACGAACUCGAGCAAGAAGAUUAUAUUAAGAAACGUCUUAACAGUUUUAUUGCGUCUGAAGGAUUGAAACCAAUCAUCGACAAAAUUAAAUCCACGUUUGCAUUUACAAAACAUAUAGAUAUAUUGGGAAUCCCUCUUCAAAUUUUUAUGCUUACAGACGUAUUACUUAAAAACAAGGAAAACUAUUUAGACUUAUUAAACAAUAAAUUUCUCCUGACUGACAUGUAUCGUUACUUUAUUGAAGGAAAAUUUAAGUUUUUCUACGGAGAUAAAGUGCCCGUAAACUAUGAUUAUUGGGAAGAAGAAGUAAAGAAAAAAAAGGAAGAGAAAUUAACACAGUAUGAAAAGUUGGCGCUCAAAGUAAUAUUUCCUGAAGAUGUUUUGAAACAAUUAAAGAUAGAUUGUUCUCAAGAUAUAGAUUCUGUUUCUGAAGAUUUCGCAACUAUUGGUAUCGUGACUGGGCUACCAAAGGGCAUUCCGCAAUUUGCACAUGCUUCAUUUGCCGAAUAUUUUGUAGCUUUAUAUUUUUCUAAAAAUUUUAGAAUGGCACGCAGAGACAUAUUUUUUGAUCAAAAGUAUAACAAUGUACGCUUUUUCUUCGACAUGAUAACUGGCAAAGAUUCACCGGUUCACAUCGCGAUUUUAUACAGAAACUUUGAUGAAGUGGAGAACUUUGACGACGAAGUAAUAAAACGUAAAGAUGAGUGUGGAAGAAAUGCCUUACAUCUCAUCUGUUCUUGGGGACAACGACAAGGACGUUUAAAUGUUCAACAUCAAAACAAGAGUUAUGUUAUCAAGACAAAUCGGGAGAUUAUGCGUAGUUCGUUAGAAACGAAACAAUAUUUUAAAGCGUUAUUGUUUUUAUUAGACAAAUGUGAAAUAUUAGAAAAAGAUUUUCUACAUCAACUCACACCCUUAGCAUGGGCACAAGAAAGUGAAAGUUUGGGAGCGGAACUGGAAUUAUUACAAACACGUAAAUUACAAUUGGAAGAUUCGUAUAGUCGAACAGACAAAAUUAAUAUUUUAUUUUUUGUCGCUUUGCACGGAUACGCAGAAGCGUUUAAAAUAUUAUUUUCAUCUUCGAGUAUUUCUAAUAAUGAAGUAAAUUUUAGUGUUGAAUUCGAUGGUAGUACGCCUCUUAUAAUAGCUUCUCGAGAGGGGCACGAAACAGUUGUCGAAUGCCUGGUGAAAUGCGGAGCCGAAAUCAAUCGCGCUGAUAAAUAUGGUUGGACACCGCUUUACGAAGCUUCCUCUCAAGGUCACGAAAAAAUUGUCGAAUGCCUGGUGAAAUGCGGAGCCGAAAUCAACAGCCCUAAUAAAAAUGGUCAGACACCGCUUUACGCAGCUUCCUCUCAAGGUCACGAAAAAAUUGUCGAAUGCCUGGUGAAAUGCGGAGCAAAAAUUAAUCCAGCUAAUACAUAUGAAAACACAUUGUUGUACGCAGCUUGCUCGAAAGGUCACGAAAAAAUUGUCGAAUGCCUGGUGAAAUCCGGAGCUGAAAUCAAUCGUGCUACUAAUGAUGGUGUGACCCCGCUUUACGCAGCUUCCCUUCGAGGUCACGAAAAAAUUGUCGAAUGCCUGGUGAAAUGCGGAGCCGAAAUCAAUCGCGCCGAUGAAGAUGGUUGCACACCGCUUUACGCAGCUUCCUAUCAAGGUCACGAAAAAAUUGUCGAAUGCCUGGUGAAAUGCGGAGCCGAAAUCAAUCGCGCUGAUAAAUAUGGUUGGACACCGCUUUACGCAGCUUCCUCUCAAGGUCACGAAAAAAUUGUCGAAUGCCUGGUAAAAUGCGGAGUCGAAAUCAAUCGCGCUGAUGAAUAUGGUUGCACACCGCUUUACGCAGCUUCCUCUCAAGGUCACGAAAAAAUUGUUGAAUGCCUGGUGAAAUGCGGAGCCGAAAUCAAUCGCGCUGAUGAAUAUGGUUGCACACCGCUUUACGCAGCUUCCUCUCAAGGUCACGAAAAAAUUGUUGAAUGCCUGGUGAAAUGCGGAGCCGAAAUCAAUCGCGCUGAUGAAUAUGGUUGCACACCGCUUUACGCAGCUUCCUCUCAAGGUCACGAAAAAAUUGUCGAAUGCCUGGUGAAAUGCGGAGCCGAAAUCAAUCGCGCUGAUGAAUAUGGUUGCACACCGCUUUACGCAGCUUCCUCUCAAGGUCACGAAAAAAUUGUCAAAUGCCUGGUGAAAUGCGGAGCAAAAAUUAAUCCAGCUAAUACAUAUGAAAACACAUUGUUGUAAGCAGCUUGCUCGAAAGGUCACGAAAAAAUUGUCGAAUGCCUGGUGAAAUGCGGAGCCGAAAUCAAUCGCGCUGAUAAUUAUGGUUGCACACCGCUUUCCGUAGCUUCCUCUCAAGGUCACAGAAAAAUUGUCGAAUACCUAGUAAAAUGUGGAACAAAACCUUUCGUUUAAUAAAAUGAAUAAUAAUGGUUCAACUCGAAUGGUCACCAAAAAUCUGUCGAAUGAUUAGUUCAACGGUGAUCCAAAACUCCUCUACGCCGGGCCAGACUUUCAAUAUUUUAUUACCAUCCGCCGCCUCAUUUUUUUAUUGUUAUUUUGUUGAUCAUAUCAGGGACGGUAAUUUUGCUCUAUCUAUUAAAAACAAUGUUACCUUAACCUUUGAGAGAUAUAACUACAUACUUUAAUUAUAGGACUUAUAUUAAUAAAAAUUGGUCUAAAGAGUUUAGACAGUACUUCCCUCGCUGUUGGAAACGUGACGACUGCAUGCCUAUUAUGUUUUCUUUUCGCAGUCUAUUUCAAAACAUUCGGUUUUGUAGUUCCUGAGUAAAUCAAUAAAAUAAAUUUACGCAUUCAUUUUUUUUUUGAGUCAUCCGGUAUAUGCAAAUUAAAAAAAUGUGAAUGGAAUUAUAAAUUACAAGUACACACUCAUCAUAUUUUGUACAUUUUAGACCGGAUUUAUUCGACAAACUUUUAAGCUGACGUCAUCAAGUUUUUGGAGGGGAUAAGCAAAUAUAUUUUGACUAAACAUUUAUUACGCUUUCUAUAACCUUAAAACAUCUGCAAGAUUUUAAAGCAUUCCGUGUUGUAGUUCCUGAGUAAAUCAGAAAAAUAAAUUUACGCAGUCAUUAAUUUUUUUGAGUCACCUUGUGUAUGCAAAUCCAAAAAAUAUGAAUGGAGUGAUAGAUCACAAGUACAGACUCAUCAUAUUUUGUACAUUUUAGAUAGGAUUUAUUCGGCAAGCUUUUGAGCUGACGUCAUCAAGUUUUUGGAGGGGAUAACCAAAUAUAUUUUGACUAAAGAUUUAUGAUGCUCUUAAUAGCCUUAAAACAUCUGCAUCAUUUCAAAACAUUCGGGUUAGCAGAUUCAAAAUUAAAUUGCAAAAUAUUGUUUUAUAAUUUUGUUUUUUUUUUCCAAAAAUCUGGACGUUUCGGGUAAAAACUCAACUCGGAUUCGUAAACUUGUAGUGGAGUAAUUAAUAAGUAAUGUGUGAAAGAGAGAGUGAAUGAUUAGAGUAGGGAUUAAUGUAGAUGUAAGCAAUAAUGUAUGUAAUAAGACUAAUAAGAAAUGUAUUAAGCAGAGAGUAAGAAGUUAGUAAGUAAGCAGUAAGUGUCUAGGCAACCAAGCGGUGUAAGAAAGAAGAAUAAUAAAGAUAUGUAGUAGUUAAGUGGUGAGUUUCAAUAGUGCGUAACCUGGCUAAGCUGCCUACCCCCGGCAAGCACUACAUGGCGAUCCUGCCAGAGCACUACAUGUGUAGGACUAUGUAAUUUUAUACAAUUUAAAACCCAUUUAUUAUGUACAAUUUUGAAAUGACGUCAUCGCAUUUGUGGUGGGGAUGAUUAGACAAAUUUUGGUAAGCGUUUUACCAUCUACAUGAUAUUCUUAAUAUAAGUACAAAAUUUCACAACAAUCGGUCCAGUACUUUCGGAGAUUAUCUGUCUAAUAAAAAUUCGGGACGGCAGACAGACGGACAGACGGACAGACGGACAGACGAACAGACGGACAGACCUACAGACGGACAGACGGACAGACGGUCAGACGGACAGACGGUCAGACGGACAGACGGACAGACGGACUCGAUUACAACACUUCCUUUGCUUACCCUCGGGAAGUAAAAAUAGAAUUAAAAAAAAAACUGAAUUUGUUCGACCGUAUUUCAGGAGCGAGAAAUGUCCUGUCUGAUACCUUGGACCAAUUUUACCUAGUUUGAUUAAAAUUAAAAUUUGUGUCUACA